AAAUUCAACAAUCAAGCGAUUAUUGGCGGGCUUCUUUAUAAAAAUUUGUAAUCCUUAGUUGUUUAUUAUUUGGACUUCUGUUGUUCUUUUUUUGGCUGCGAAAGAAGCAAGAUGCCUCGGAGGAAAAAUACGAGGAAAAACCAAACAAGUCGCAAGCGACCGAUGCUUCCCGAAGGCGAUCUUGAUACUUCAAUGAGCAUUGAUGAACGUAAAGCGAAGUUGGACGUUUAUCUGAAAGAUUUAAACAUGCAAGUUGAAGAACGAAUAGAAAAGAUGAAAGCAAGAGGUUAUGAUAUGAUCUGCAAAGUGAAAGGAGCCUUUUCAUUAGAAAUUCUUAAACUUCCUAUGCAUAUAAGAAAGAUGAAACUGAAUGACUAUUUAGCUCAGGGGGGUGAAGUGAAUGAUACUACAUUGACUGAGGCAUCAAAACUUGUUAGUGAAAUGACAAGAUCAAUUUUACAACCUUCAUCAGAUACAGCUGCCAGAGGUCCAUUAACUGAUCGAGGGAACUUAUCAUUAAAAACUCCUGCAGGAUUUAAAGUAAAAACUGAUGAUCAGGCUGCAACUGUAAAAUUGAUUGAACCUGAGUUUUUGGAGCCAACUACAGCUCCCAGAUCUUUACGUCCAAGAAAGAGAAAAGAUGCUUCUCCCAGCAUGACUGAUAACAGCACAAGAUCUGCCAAAAGUCGCAAAACAAAAGACACUGGCUCAAUUAUUAUGGCACCACCCUCCACUGGUAAACGGACCAGUAAACGAGCGCAAUCCAAAGCUCAGUUUGUGACUCCAGCUUCAAGGGCGGUAACCUAUAGCAACACACCAAUGGUGACACCAAAGUUUGAUCCACGGUUACCGCUGACUCCUGCUCUAUUGCGAGAACCCAAAGCUGGAGAAAGAAUUAUGUCUUUGAGUGGGUCGCCGAUUGUGAACCAUGGGCCAGAUUCAAAUGCCCAAGUUUUUAUUCCCCUCGGCAACGGAAGGACUUUCCAUCUUAACACGACAUCACACCUGAGUCCUUCACAACCAACUGUUCUGAACGAAGCAGCAAGGAAGAAUGUAGAACUACUACAGCAAAAACUGGCUCAGCUCUUGGUUCUUCCCACACCAGCACAGAAUAAAUAAGAUCUUUCCUUCGAUGCCAGUUAGUUUUAAUGAGCUUCACGUUGUAGUAAAACAGAACGAUGUGGAGACAGAAAUGCCUGAUUGUCGACCGUUCGUUCAUGGCUUGUAAUAUAAGCGACAAUGAGCCAUCCUUUUUUUAUCAAACUCAGUUAUCAAUAAAUUUUUAAUUACAUUUUUUCGAAAUAGUAGAACUUCCUUUAUUCAAGUUUAAAUCAACUGCUAUAGAGCAGUAUUUUUUCAGUGAUUGUUAGAAAAGUACAUAGGACUGCUUGCAAUGGAGGCGAACCGAUAUGAAUUUUGUCUUGUAUCAUCUGAUGAUUAGAUAAUACCGACAUUUUGUAGUUGUUGUUGUUGUUGUUGUUGUUGUU